AUUGAAUGUACCAAAUCCUGUUUCUCAGCCUAGCAUCAAUCACCCAAACCAGGCACCUUGAAUAGUGCCAGUGAUCCCAGUUGUGGCAUAUAGCCACUGGGCUUUCCUCCCCUCUUACUCACCAGACACAUCCAAUAUCCUCUUCAUCCCAUCCUUUCGAGCCCGCCAUCUCAUCCUCAUCCCAUUUGACCGUCAUCUAUAUGUCUGCCUAACUGCGGUCUCGUCUCCUCUCUGGUUCUCUCAUCACCAGCCGGCUCUCCGUCCCAGAACCGUACACGCAUGGCGUACCACGCCUCAGACGCUUGAGUAGAUCGGCUCCCUGCCUCUACUCACCACGAACCAUCCAGCAUCGCCUCCCUGUGCCUGGCUUAGCGACCAAAUCCCGACAUGCGGCCCCUCCGCUUUCUCCUCCUCUUGUUUUUCUUUGUUGCUAUACCCAUCGCCUUGACCUGCUGGUCUCUUGUCACCGCAGUCGAGAGCGUUGCGGACUCUUUCCACCCAGGCUACAAAACCAGAUCGUCCCGACUGAAAGCCCUCUUCUCCUUCUCCACCCCAUCCUCUCUUUUCCCGCCCUCUGCCGUCAUUAGUCUGACCUACGACAAUUCGACCUUCUUCCUGGCCAGGCCUGCCGCUUUCGGGCCCAGUCUUCCUUCCAAUGGACUGAGUGGAGAACUCUGGGUCGGCAAAGGUUUUGGUGACGACGCCUUGGCCAAAGAGCAGGACAUUCAUAUUGUAGGCUGGGAGUUGGGCUGUUCAGAUGUUCCAGGCUGGAGUGAUUUUAGCCAGACCCAUCUUCAACCAUUAAAAUCCGACCAGUCAAAAAAUAAAGCCAAAAUCCCUCGAGGAGUACACGCCGAAGACAAUAUAAACUCUGUCUCGUCGCUCGACCCGGAUACAUCCCUGCAGGAUCAGCCCACAGAUGAUGGCACUGAUGAUCAUCUCCAUCGUCCGCUCGAGGAUUCAAACCCCGCAACUCCAGCCAAGCCUGGUGAACCCGCCAAUGCAAAUCAAGCCGAUAAAAACAAAAAGUCCACACAUGCCGAUAUCGAGUCUUUACAGGAAAGUGCAGACAUUUCUGGGAAGAUCGUCAUGCUGGCUAGAGGUGGAUGCGGUUUUUUGGAAAAGGUAAAAUGGGCCCAGCGCCGCGGUGGAAUUGCAUUGAUCGUGGGCGACAACGAAAAGGGUGGUCAGCUCACCAUCAUGUACGCCAAAGGUGACACGUCAAACGUGACCAUUCCCGCCUUGUUUACUUCGUAUACCUCUGCUCAUCUUCUCGCUUCCCUGGUUCCUCCAGAGAAAAGAAGUGGAAAGGUCGGACUUAUGGCCGAAGACAAGACCCUGCAACCUUCCAAUAAUUUGGGAAAAUCAUCCCAUCAAAAGCCAGAGGACAGUAGACCUGUCUUUACCACCACGCGGUCAGGGCCGAAGAAGCCAACAUCCACUCCAACGGAUAUGUCAGUUGAUGGUGGUUGGCUGGAUGGGAUACUCUCCGCUCUCGGCGUCAACGACGAAUCUCGCUUUGCAAACCAGGAAGAUAGCCGGCGACCUCCGAGCAGUGGAAACAUUGAUUGGGUAUUACUCGAAGAUUGGGACGACGACAAGCCCGCCAAACUUGACGAAACCCUCUUGGUCGCAACAGCCACCAAUGCUCAGGCUCAACCCACUCCUCCGUCCAAGGCCAAGGCUACCCCCAUUCAAAAGCCCGGAGGCGAUGAUUUCGUAAUCGGCGUCCAGGAUUGGAGGGAUGCAGAUCUCAUCGCACCAAAGUCAAAUGGUGACGAUACUGCGGCUAUAGGACAAGUGAAAAAUCGGAAAGGCGCGAAGCCGAAUAGCCUGGACUCGGCGAAGCCAACCGACACACCCCCAUCAGCAUUGAAAGGCGGCAGUAUCACUCCCGGCAGUGGAGAAUAUAACCACGAUAGCCCGAAUCAAGGUGCCCAGAAACCAAGAAAAGGUCCCCACCCGGACACGAUCCAGGACCAACAGGACGUCCCCGGCAAAGGCAAGGCAAAGAGCAGCCCCUGGAGGGAGAUAUUCAGCUCGAGCGAGUCGGUAUUGGAAGGCGGUUCAACUGGGGUAGCUGGCCGCAAGCCAGACCAUCGUGCUGCUCAGAGGCAAUCGUUCCCCGAUCAAACUUCGAGUGGAGAAGAGCAAGAAGGUCUCUGGGUCACUUUGACACCUACGAGUGUUUCUACGAGUCCCUUCUUUGACACGCUUCUUGUCCUGGUGGUGAGCCCCUUGAUUACGUUGACGGUAGUCUACGCUUUACUCCUCCUUCGAUCUCGGAUCCGUCGAAGACGAUGGAGAGCUCCAAAAUCUGUCGUGGAACGGUUGCCCGUGAGGACCUACCACACCAUGGCGACCACCUCAUCGACGACGUCAUCACAAGUGACAUCGCCCGUCCGCCCUUCGGUAACAUCCCCUCUACUCGUCUCUGCGACGCAAGACGUCUCUCGCCGACCUUCGAGUCUGGCGCGGACACGAUCGCAAACCACAACGGGCAUCUUCCCGUCCAGCAACGUUGGCCAUCCGAGCUCGAGUGCUACGCCGCGUGCAUCGCCCAUUGAGAAACCAUCCAAGUCGAGUAGGCGCAAAAGAUACACGGGCCGACAGGUUGAAUGCGUUGUCUGUCUUGAAGAAUAUAUCGACGGCGAGUCACAAGUCAUGUCAUUGCCGUGUGGACAUGAAUUCCACGUUGACUGCAUCACACCGUGGCUGGUCACUCGGCGAAGGACAUGUCCGAUCUGCAAAGGCGACGUUGUGCGUUCCAUGGCAGGCAAUGGCAAUUCGUCGAGGUCAGAGGACGAUCACGAGUCUACCGAAGAUGAGCAGACGGGAGACAACUUUCAGAACCAGGUCGCACAAACCGCGAACGACGAUCCUAGCGCAGCGAUUCCCAUCCCCAUUCGAAACGAUGAGGAAACAUUGAAUCAGGACGUCGAGCGGGUCGCGGCUGAUGACCAAGACGCCUUGUUGGAAAUUCGAGCGAGGCAGUCGGAAUUGGGCAUGGAACAGCAACCUCAAACUCUGUGGGGCCGAAUGCUCAGCAGUUCCAUGAGGGGACUCAGUGGCGAUACUUUAUGGCGACAGACCCCCGUGGACCGCAACCGGUGAUGAAGAGUCUGUGAUUCGAUAGAACUUAUCUCCGUGCGCAUCACAAUUGACUCUUACUCAUACUCCUAUUAAGCCGUCGAAAGUGAUUACCGAGAUUGAUUGAGCGUGGACGGGGCGGCGGAGCAUUAUUGCCUCGACCAGAUUAUCCUUGUUGUUUCUUCCUAUUAUUGAUAUCCAAUUCAGUGCACUGAAGGCGCCGGCGAAUAUGUAGUUGGACUGGCAACUUUGAGCUAGACAGGAGACAGUGCCAAGUUCAUCACACGGAUGUCUUUAUGCUGACCAUAGUGCGCAAAGAAGGUUUUAGAUCUACAGUAGACGGACAUCCAUGACUUUGCUAUGCCAGUAAUCCUUUCGUCGACUCUGGUAUGGAUUUCGCAUGGAGAAGUGGAAAACUAUGUCGUGCACGAGGGUCCAGUAAACAAGAGAUCAGAGGAAAGAAGAUGACUAAGUAGACCAUACAGUCUGAUGGCUUCGAUAAGCGAUAGACUCAAGGAAGCCGGCGCUCGAACUCUUCAUGUCCUCGGGAGCUGGUUCGUCGAUGCCUGUGGGAUACUCUUCGUCGACGAGAUAAUGCCUCGAGAUAGGUACCAGGUGCCCCAUAUCAGGCACGCCUGGUUGCAUGUCCUUUGGCAUGACCCAACCUUGUGGGGCAGGAAUUUCAGUCUUGGUACCUGUUUGGGGAUUGAUCAGGAAAUGACGUGCAGGGAGGAUCUCAGUGACGGCGAUGGGCUGUAUAUACGUG